CGCUGAUUGAUAUAUGAAUCGCAAAUAAACCCCCGCCUUGCAGUGCCGUGUUGCAGGUAGAGGGUCACCGAGAGGAAGUGCAGAGUCGUCGCUCAAGCCAGUGUUUCGUAUCUUUGCUCGAAAUUUUAGGUGAUCACCAUGUGUGACGACGAAGCAAGUGCACUGGUCUGUGACAAUGGCUCCGGCCUCUGCAAGGCUGGCUUCGCCGGAGACGACGCCCCUCGCGCCGUCUUCCCCUCCAUCGUUGGCCGCCCCCGUCAUCAGGGUGUGAUGGUUGGCAUGGGUCAGAAGGAUGCCUACGUCGGUGAUGAGGCCCAGAGCAAGAGAGGUAUCCUCACUCUCAAGUACCCCAUCGAGCACGGUAUCAUCACCAACUGGGACGACAUGGAAAAGGUUUGGCAUCACACUUUCUACAACGAACUCCGUGUUGCUCCUGAGGAAUCUCCCGUCCUCCUCACUGAGGCUCCCCUCAACCCCAAGGCCAACCGCGAGAAGAUGACCCAGAUCAUGUUCGAAACCUUCAGCUGCCCCGCCAUGUACGUGGCCAUCCAGGCCGUGCUAUCCCUCUACGCCUCUGGUCGUACCACCGGUAUUGUUCUUGAUUCUGGUGAUGGCGUGACCCACACUGUCCCCAUCUACGAAGGUUAUGCUCUUCCUCAUGCUAUUCUACGUCUCGACUUGGCCGGUCGUGACCUGACCAACUAUCUAAUGAAGAUUCUAACGGAACGUGGCUACUCCUUCACCACCACCGCCGAACGUGAAAUCGUCCGUGACAUCAAGGAGAAGCUUUGCUAUGUGGCUCUAGACUUUGAAAAUGAAAUGGCACAAGCAGCAGCAACUUCCUCGCUUGAAAAGUCCUAUGAACUUCCCGACGGUCAGGUCAUCACCAUCGGCAACGAACGUUUCCGUGCACCUGAAGCCCUGUUCCAGCCAUCUUUCCUCGGCAUGGAAUCUUGUGGCAUUCACGAAACUGUUUAUCACUCGAUUAUGAAGUGCGACGUCGACAUCAGGAAGGACCUGUACGCCAACACCGUCAUGUCUGGUGGUACCACCAUGUACCCUGGUAUCGCUGACCGCAUGCAGAAGGAAAUCACGAACUUGGCUCCCUCUACUAUCAAGAUCAAGAUCAUUGCUCCUCCCGAGCGCAAAUACUCCGUGUGGAUCGGCGGUUCCAUCCUGGCCUCCCUGUCCACCUUCCAGUCCAUGUGGAUCACCAAGGAGGAAUACGAUGAGUCCGGCCCUGGUAUUGUUCACCGCAAAUGUUUCUAAAUUCCAAAAUUCUAUGGAUUCGUACGAUUUCUAAAACAAGUCAACGCUUUUAUCCUUAUAAAUCAUGUGAACCCAUUGCUCUUUCACAUUUACGUUAAGUAUAAAUUAUAUAUUAUUUUUAUGAAAAGCUGAAUCAAGAUUAAUUUUAAUGUUUUUUAACAUACAACAGAAUUGUGCGUAAAUAAAAUUGAAAGCGUA